AUGCCUCUGGUCAAUGGGACGGCGAAGGAAGUACGAGUCAGCCUCCUCGGAAAAGAGAGCAUCAUCAUCAAUUUUGGAUUAUGGCGGAACUAUGUCGCUUCCGAUCUACUGUCGAACCUGGAGUCAUCAACGUAUGUCUUGAUCACUGACACUAAUCUGGGUUCACUCUACACCAAAUUUUUUCAAGAAGCCUUUGAAAAUGCAUCGCAGCAAAAGGCAAAAUCAGCACGGUUGUUGAUCCACCAAAUUCCGCCGGGAGAGAGCUCAAAAUCUCGACAAACAAAGGACGACAUCGAAGAUUGGCUGCUCAGCCAGAGCCCGCCAUGUGGUCGAGACACGGUUAUCAUUGCGUUAGGAGGUGGCGUUGUGGGUGACCUGACAGGAUUUGUUGCCGCCACAUAUAUGCGCGGCGUGAGAUUUGUGCAAGUCCCCACAACACUGCUCGCAAUGGUUGACUCUUCGAUCGGCGGAAAAACAGCUAUUGAUACUCCUCUCGGCAAAAACCUUGUCGGAGCUAUAUGGCAGCCACAAAGAAUAUACAUUGACCUUGAUUUCCUUGGAACCCUACCUCGACGAGAAUUGAUUAAUGGAAUGGCUGAGGUCAUCAAAACCGCAGCGAUCUCUGACGAAGAAGAAUUCAUCGAGCUGGAACGUCAUGCUGAGCGGAUAAUGGCUGCUGUAAAUGCCGACAUCAGCCACGGUGCUUCUAGGUUCAAGGACGUAGAGGCGACUUUGAUCAGAAUUAUUUCUGCUUCCGCAAAGUUCAAGGCCCACGUCGUUACCAUCGACGAAAGAGAGACCGGCCUGCGCAACUUAUUGAACUUUGGACAUUCUAUCGGCCACGCCAUCGAAGCUUUUCUGACACCUCAAGUGCUCCAUGGUGAAUGCGUUGCAAUUGGCAUGAUCAAGGAGGCUGAGCUCGCUCGAUACUUGGGUAUUCUCAGUGGUGUUGCUGUCGGCCGUCUCCAAAAGUGUCUGACUACGUACGGUCUGCCAACUCGACUCGAUGACGAGAGAGUGCGCAAACUGUCCGGAGGUAAGGUCUGUACGGUCGACGGCAUGCUCAAGAAGAUGGGUGUGGACAAGAAAAACGAUGGUGCCAAGAAGAAGGUCGUCCUUCUCUCAGCAAUUGGUCGAACCUACGAACAGAAAGCCAGCGUUGUCUCAGACUCCGACCUGCGCGUUGUGCUUUCUCCGACCGUGGAAGUGGUCCCAGGGGUACCAAAGGACCUCAAUGUUGUCUGCACUCCACCUGGAUCAAAGAGCAUUUCCAACCGAGCGCUCGUCCUUGCAGCACUCGGUCGCGGAACAUGCCGUAUUCAGAAUUUGCUGACCUCGGCGGACACAGAAGUGAUGCUAGAGGCUCUAACACGACUUGGAGCUGCCACAUUCUCUUGGGAAGAAGAUGGUGAAGUUCUUGUUGUGAAUGGGAAUGGUGGUCGGCUUGAGGCCACACAACAUGAGCUCUACUUGGGCAAUGCCGGAACGGCCGCCAGAUUCUUGACGUCAGUUGCGACAUUAACCAGGCAGAGCCAUGUAGCAUCUACAGUGCUUACUGGCAACACCCGAAUGAAGCAACGACCUAUCGGAGAUCUCGUAGAUGCGUUGAGAGAAAAUGGCGCCGGAAUCGAAUAUCUGGAGAACAAUGGAAGUCUACCACUCAACGUCACAGCCUCAGCUGGGUUCAACGGCGGUGAAAUCAAAUUGGCAGCAAAGGUGUCGUCACAAUAUGUCUCUUCUCUGCUGAUGUGUGCCCCCUAUGCAAAGAAGCCUGUUACACUCAGACUCGUGGGCGGAAAGCCUGUUUCGCAACCCUACAUCGACAUGACCAUUGCAAUGAUGGCCUCUUUCGGCGUGCCAGUGCAAAAGUCAAAAACAGAAGCACACACCUAUCACAUCCCGCAAGGCAUUUACUUGAACCCGACCGAGUAUGUGGUCGAAAGCGAUGCAAGUUCUGCAACUUACCCACUUGCAAUUGCGGCGAUAACAGGCACAACAUGCACAAUUCCCAAUAUUGGCUCGGCCUCUCUCCAGGGCGAUUCGGCAUUCGCUACCGAUGUGCUGAGACCGAUGGGCUGUCAAGUGAAACAGACACUUUCAUCAACUACCGUAACGGGGCCUCGAGAUGGCAAGCUCGUACCAUUGGCAAGUAUCGACAUGGAGCCAAUGACGGACGCCUUCUUGACUGCCUCUGUUGUGGCGGCCGUGGCUCAGGGCGGGAAGUCCAACACUACCCGCAUAUAUGGCAUUGCAAAUCAGAGGGUCAAAGAAUGCAACCGCAUUCAAGCGAUGGAGGAUGAGCUAGCAAAGUUUGGUGUUACAUGCCGACAGUUUGACGAUGGCAUCGAAGUGGACGGGAUCGACCGUGCCAGACUAAGACGGCCGCAGGGGGGGGUGUAUUGCUAUGAUGAUCAUCGAGUCGCCAUGAGCUUCAGUGUUCUCGCAUUGGCAGCUCCUCAAUCUACUCUCAUUCUCGAGAAAGAAUGCACGGGCAAAACUUGGCCGGGGUGGUGGGACACCAUGGCUCUGCAAUUCAACGUCAAGCUCGAGGGGGUUGAAUUGCAAGAAAUUGCUGAACAUGCGAAAGCUAAGAAAUCAGAUAGAAGCGCGGCUUCGAUUUUCAUCAUCGGCAUGAGAGGUGCCGGCAAGACCACCUCCGGGUGCUGGGCGGCGAGAUCACUAGGGAAGAAAUUAGUCGACCUAGACACCGAGCUGGAGAGCCGCGAAGGCAUGUCAAUCCCGGAGAUCAUCAAGGGACAAGGCUGGGAUUAUUUCCGGAAACGCGAGUUGGAGCUCCUCAAAUCUGUCAUGAAGGACAUGCCAAAUGACUACGUCUUCGCUUGUGGUGGCGGUGUGGUCGAGACCCAGGAAGCGCGGAACUUGUUGGUCGCAUGGCAUGAAAAAGAAGGCCACGUUCUCUUGGUUGAACGUGACAUCAACGAAGUGAUGGACUUCCUGCAAAUUGACAAAACAAGACCAGCGUACGUGGAAGACAUGAUGGGUGUCUGGCUCCGGAGGAAGCCGUGGUUCGAACAAUGCAGCAAUCUUCUAUAUUACAGCCAAAGCAUCCCCAACGAGCAAAUGUCCGAAGCUGCUGAGGAUUUCGACCGCUUUUUACAGAUGGUGACAGGCAAAAUCGACGUUCUGUCCAAAUUCAAGCGGAAGUCGGAGACUUUCUUCGCGUCUCUGACCUUCCCGGACCUGCGACCUCAUCUGAAAAUCCUACCCGAAGUCUGCCUUGGAUCCGAUGCGGUAGAACUGCGCGUCGACCUCCUCAAGGAUCCCAAGUCAGACGGCGCCAUCCCCUCCGCCGACUAUGUCACCUCUCAACUCUCCUUGCUCCGCGCAACCGUCCCUCUUCCCGUUGUUUUCACGAUCCGCACGAAAUCCCAAGGGGGCAAAUUCCCCGACGAGGCCUAUGCAGAGUAUCUCCAUUUGUGCACCCUCGCUAUCCGCAUGGGCAGCGAAUUCUUGGACCUGGAAGUGGCGUCUUUUCCCGAGUCCGUCCUCUCUCCGAUUCUCAGCUUCAAGAACAGGUCUAACACGCGAAUCAUUGCCUCCCAUCAUGACCCGCAGGGAGCGUUAUCCUGGUCGAAGCCGGGCUCUUGGAUCUCCAUUUACAAUAAAUGCCUCCAGUAUGGCGACAUUGUGAAACUGAUCGGGGUUGCCGGCAUCCUUGACGAUAAUUUCGCGCUCCAACGUUUCAAGCAGUGGUCGAGGUCCCAACACCCGGACCUGCCUCUGAUCGCGAUAAACAUGGGUCGGACAGGACAGAUUUCCCGGGUCUUGAACGGCUUCAUGACCCCAGUCUCUCACCCGUCCCUCCCGUUCAAAGCCGCACCAGGGCAGCUGUCUGCGUGCGAAAUUCGGCAUGGAUUGACGCUGAUAGGCGAGAUCGUGCCCAAGAAAUUCUACCUUUUCGGAUCGCCGAUCAGCGCGAGCAAGUCGCCGGAGUUGCACAAUACACUGUUCAAGGAGACGGGACUGCCACACGUGUACUCUUUGUGCGAGACCACUGACCUGGCGGUGAUAAAGGAGAUCAUCCGGGCAGAGGAUUUUGGGGGGGCGAGCGUAACUAUCCCGCUUAAGUUGGACGUCAUGCCUCUCCUGGACGAUGUGGAUGCGUCUGCCCGCCUCAUCGGUGCUGUGAACACCAUCGUCCCGGUCUCCAACCCUGUCUCAGGCAAGAACUCGCUGGUCGGUUACAAUACGGACUUCCUCGGCAUGAUGGAUUGCCUCCGUGCAGCGGGUGCGUCUGCAGCACUGGGCGAAGGCGAGCAGUCCGGCUUGGUCAUCGGUGGCGGCGGCACGGCGAGAGCGGCCAUCCACACGCUGCACACGAUGGGGUACAAGCCCAUCUACUUGAUCGGGAGGAAUCAGGGUAAGAUGGAAGAAUUGGCAAGGACGUUCCCGCCGGUCUACGACCUCGUCUUACUAGACGCCGAGAGGUCUGCGGCGGCAGAGCAGAAGAUGACAACGCCGCCGGUCGUCGCCAUCGCCACCAUCCCCGCUGACUUGCCCAUCGACCCUCCCCUCGCGGCGUCCCUGCAGAAGAUCUUCUCGCGGUCCGCUCUACUCGCGACAUCCACGGCUCCAAAGGGCCAAGGCACCUCGGCACCCACGCGCACGCUGUUGGAACUGGCGUACAAGCCCGCGCACACGGCCGUGAUGCAGAUGGCAGAGGAAGUGGGCGGUUGGAAGACCGUGCAAGGACUAGAGACGCUGGUCACGCAGGGCCUGUGGCAGUUUGAGUACUGGACGGGAAUCGGGGUAAGAGGUCUCGGUGGGAGGCUUAGUCGGGUGAGUUAA